AAUUGUUUCAACCACUGCGACACCUCGACCACCUGCUGCUAAUCUACUGCUGCACACAAUGACGCGAGCAGGCCUCCCCGUCGUCGACGCCACUCCCCUGGCGCAACCGCUGCAGUUCUCCUUCUCGCAGCGCAGCGCCCCCAACCGGUUCCUCAAGGGGGCGAUGAGCGAGCGGCUCUCGAGCUGGUCCGCCACCGAGCUGGACGCGCGCGGCAUCCCCUCGGACGAGCUGAUUGAAGCCUACCGGGUGUGGGGGGCGGGACAGAUCGGGCUCCUCCUGACCGGCAACGUGAUGAUCGAUCCCGCCCACCUCGAAGCCGCCGGCAACCUCAUCCUUCCCGCCUCCGCCGCCCCCGAAGCAGGCGACGAGCGGUUCCAGCGGUUCCAGCAACUGGCCGCCGCCGCGAAGACGCACGGGUCCCUGAUUGUCGCGCAGGUCAGCCACCCGGGCCGCCAGACGUCGGAAUUGCUGCAGCCGCACCCCAUCAGUGCCAGCGACGUCCAGCUCGUCGGGCAGGUGCUGGGCAGCACCUUCGCCAAGCCGCGUGCGGCCACCGAGGCCGACCUCCAGCAGGUGGUGGAGGGGUUCGCCCACGCCGCCGCCUACCUUGAGCGCGCCGGGUUUGACGGGAUUCAGCUGCACGCCGCCCACGGCUACCUGCUCAGCCAGUUCCUAUCGGAGACCACCAACCGCCGCACCGAUCGCUACGGCGGCUCGCUCGAGAACCGCAUGCGGUUGAUCCUGGAGAUCCGCGAGGCGAUCGCCCAGCGCGUGCGGCCGGACUUUGUGGUGGGGAUCAAGGUGAAUAGCGUCGAAUUUCAGCCGAACGGGUUUCAGCCGGACGAGGCGCGGCAACUGUGUCAGGCGUUGGAGGCGCAUCGGUUUGACUUUGUGGAGUUGUCGGGGGGAACGUAUGAGAAUUGGAAGAUGGGCGAUGAGGAGGAGGAGAAGCGUGAUUCGACGAAGAAGCGGGAGGCUUUCUUCAUGGAAUUCGCCCAGAACAUCGUCUCCUCCCUCUCCACUACCAAGUCCUAUCUGACCGGCGGGUUCCGGUCCGCCCAGGCGAUGGUCAAGGCGCUGGACACGCUGGACGGGGUCGGACUCGGUCGGCCGCUGUGCCAGGAGCCGUUCCUGUGUCGCGACAUCCUCAGCGGCAAGGCCACCGGGGCGCUGGAGCUGGUCAUCCCUGCGUAUGAUUUCGGGCUGACGGCUGUGGCGGCAUGCAUUCAGAUCCGCCAGCUGGGCCGUGGGUUGGCGCCGAUUGAUUUGACGGACAAGAAGAAUGCCGAGCAGCUCGUCCAGGCGGUGGUGCAGCGGAGUCAGCUGAAGGGGAAGGAUGUCUCGCAGGAAGCGGUUUGGCCGCCGUUGAUUCCGGGCUAUAAUAUUCCUUUAGCUGUUGAGGCUUGAUUCAUGCUUUUUGUAUGUACAGAUAGACUAGCUAUGUUACUGCCG